AUGAAGAGAACACGGUUAAAACCUUUUACUUUCAAAGCUWCAUUGAUCGACAAAACAGGGAAAAAAACGACAAAAAACUUCCAGCUUUCUAAAGCGAACAAGCUUACUAGUAAGGUUCCCAGACUAGAACGAGACGAUCGAGAGUCAAUAAGCUCUCUUGGCACCGCUGCUGUCACGUUUCCCGAUAUUCCAUCGAAUGAAGGACUGACUGGCCAUGAAAAGAGACAGUUGUUUCUUAACCAGAAGUGGACAGACUACAGACAAACACUUCUUGAUGCAUACACGGGAGAAUGCUUUAUGCCAAGCGGUCAAUUGUGUGUCAUUUGCAAGCAUGAAUUGGCUUGUUUGAGGUGCGAAAGCUGUGGACCAAGACAAUAUUUUUGUUUGAGCUGUGGUCAUUCUCUUCAUGAACACAGAAACCAGUUUCACUCAUUGGAACUAUGGAAGGGAAAAACAUUCGUGCCUUAUGCUGUGCAGGGUGCUCCAUUAAAAACGCACGAGUGUAAUAYAUCCCAAGUCAAAAGUGUUAUUUGUGUGGAUGAGCAUGGAAAUCACCAUCCAAAAAUGAUUGCAUUCUGUGAAUGUGAACCCUCUGUCAGAACUUUAGUGCGUCAUAGCCUUUGGCCAGCAACUCCUGAAAGGCCAUCAACCGCCUUCCACUUUAGACUAAUGCAUCUUGUGGAGACUGUAUUCCUUCACUGUAAAGUUUCUUUAAAGGAAUUUUCAGAGUGCAUUGAUGUGUUGAGAAAACCUCUAAACCAACGACUGGUGUCAUCUAUAUACCAACUCCUUAAUACUAGCUGCUUUGAAGAAUACAGGUUUUUCAAACGUCGUGUUUCAACUUUGGGAGYAUACUUUCCAGAACUUGACAAUGGAGUAACAUGCCCACUUUGUCCUAAGGUGAAUGCCACAUGCUUAAGACAGUAUAUUUCUUCCCUCUUUUGUCAUUUACUAAAUUUGUGUUUUAACUGUUCAACUGCAGGAAAAKGGAGURCUCAUUGAAUGCAUGGAUGCUUGCUUUGGGUUGAGUAGGAAAAAGAGGCAAGGUAUAACAUCCUUCAACCUCCCGAAACAUGGCACAUUAAUGUUUGCUGACCAAGAUGAUGUUGACAACCAUGUAAAUAAUUAUUGUGAGAAAGCUCAUGAUGUUCCAAAGGAUUGUAGUCGAUUCCAUGCGGGAGAGGUGACUGUAUCUCUUAGAUCAAAGGGCAAGAACAAAUUAUUUGAUGACAAAGGGGUGUUCGGGCGUGUGUGUAGACAUGAUUUUCCAAAAGGUUUCCAUAACAUAAAGCAUGGUGAAAGGAUUGCAUAUCCUAUCUAUGAACUGAAGAGAUUUGUAGAAGAGAAUAAAGAAAAAAAAGGGCUUAAGAUGGUCAUGAUGUAUGACAUU